AUAUACACACAAGGAUAUUUUGCGUUGUGUUGUACGUACUGAGACAAUAUGCUGAAGUUCAACUUAAAGCUUCAACAUCCCAUUAAUCCAUGGCUCUAUAUUUUCCUAACUUCAGUUCUGUUCGAGCUUAUAUGCUGCGAAGUCGGCACAGCUAGCAUGUACAAUCCACCAUACACACCCUCGGCCUGUUAUGGAAACGAUGCUUCUCAAUUUCCGUCCAGUAACUUGUUUGCAGCCGCCGGAGAGGGUAUAUGGGAUAACGGUGCUGCAUGUGGGCGGCAGUAUCUGGUAAGGUGUAUAAGUGCCACCAUACCGCGAACAUGCAUUCCUGGUCAAACAAUUCAAGUCAGGAUCAUCGAUCGAGCACAAACUUCGGUUUCUCGGUCUACAAGGGCCGGCACAACCAUGGUUCUUUCAGAUACUGCUUUUGGCACAAUCGCAAAUCAAAUACAGUUCAUCAACAUUGAAUUUCAACAGGUAUGAAUAUUGGGGCUAUGCCAUUGGUCGUCGGCCGCAAUGCAAUAUUUAUCCAUAUUUAAUGAGCAACAUGACCUUUUCUUAUACGUACGUAUCCAUUUUUGUAUUCUAGAACCAUUAUUAGGAGAGAAAAGUCAAAUACUAUUGACAAAUAUAAGUUGACCUUUUAUAUAUAACAGUUGUUUGACUUUUU